AUGGACUUGGUCUCGGACAUCGGUGUGCGCCAUACCUUUCUCAACAGCAUCGACCUGCGCCAUUUCAUCGACAUCUCCCCGUCGGCCGCCACUGUUGCUCGUGAGGCUCGUUUCUGCGUGAUCGCCGUGGUGGUAGGGUGGAUCACCACUCGUCUUUCAUUUCCACGGCCAUUCAAUUCGCUGUCAACAAUGAAGACCUUCGCGUCCCUUGCCCUGCUCGCCGCUGGUGCGGCGGCCCAGGCGAUUGAGGGAUUGAGCUUUGGCCAUGAGAGAACGAUAUCGCCAGACCGAUACUCGAUUCCUGGGUGGAAAAUGUCAGGAGAGGGCCACGACCCGACAUUGAUGUCGAACAAGCUCAUUUUGACGCCUCCGUAUCCGGGCAACACUCGAGGAGCUCUCUGGGCACAGAGCCCGGUAACGCUACCAGAAUGGUCGGCAGAAUUUCAAUUCCGAGCGAGCGGCCCCGAACGUGCAGGAGGCAUUCUCCAACUAUGGUAUACGAAGGAUGGCCAAGCGAGAGUGGGCACGUCCAGCAUAUACACCGUGGGACAAUGGGACGGGUUUGCCCUUGUGAUUGACACCCAUAGUGGGAGGGGUGGAAGCAUUCGUGGCUUCCUGAACGACGGAACGACCGACUACAAGGCCCACGGCAAAGUCGACAACCUGGCUUUCGGGCACUGCGACUACGCCUACCGCAACCUGGGUCGGCCGUCCGUCGUGAAACUGAAGCACACCAACUCCAUCUUUGAGGUGACGGUCGAUGACAAAGUCUGCUUUUCGACUAACCAGGUCGCCCUCCCUGCGGGAAACACCUUCGGCAUCACCGCCGCCACUCCCGAAACCCCCGACUCCUUCGAGGUCUUCAAGUUCGUCCUCCAGUCCGCCGCGGGCCAAGGCAUCCCCGCCCAGCAAAUGAAUUCCCAACAAAAACAGCAGCAGAUCUUGAACCAAAACAGCGGUAAUGCAGCAGCGCAACAGGCGCAAGCCAACCUGGCGGCCGACCCCGGGACGGCAUCGGGAUUGGCUGAUCUGGGCGCUCGCCUUCAGCUCACCAACAAAGCCACCCAGAACAUCCUGCAAGAUCUCCGCACCCAGUCCCAGAAGAGCGACUCCCGCCACGCAGAGCUCCAGCAGACGCUAGUGACAAAGGGUGAGCUGGCUGCACUGGACGCCCGGCUCCAGCGCAUCGAAGCCGCAAUACAGUUUCUCCAGCGCGACCUGCCUGGCAAGGAUAUCCGCGAGUCCUUUAAUCAGCUCGAGAAAACGCUGCGCUCCUCGCAUCUUAGUCUGAGCGAGAACCUUCAGGGCCACGUGUUCAAUGUCAUCACCGCCUCCACUCCUCGCAUGGGCUUCUUCAUCUUCCUGGUGUUGGCCUUCCAGCUCCUCCUGGCCGUCUCCUACGUCAUCUAUAAGCGCCGUCGUGCAAGCAUGCCCAAGAAGUUCCUCUAG